AUGUUGAAAAUAAUAAUUUUAUUAUUAUUUACCUAUACUUUAUCUAUUUUAACAUAUGAAAUACCUAAAAAAUUUAGUCUUGGUUUUUUAAUACCACAUACAGAUGAUCCUAUUCUUGAAGCUAAUGUUGAUUUCUAUAGAGUUGCUGGUGCUAUACCUAUAGCUAUUAAUAAAAGUAAAGAAGAUAAAGUUAUUCCUCAAGAUACAAUUGUUGAUGUAGUAUGGUAUUAUGAUAAUUGUGAUGAAGCAUUGGCAUCUGGAUAUACAGCUAAAUUAAUGUUUGAUGAUAAAGUUGAUGUUAUUAUUGGUCCAGCAUGUUCAGAUGCUGCAGCACAAUCUGGUUCUUUAACAACAUAUUAUAAUUUUCCUCAAGUUAUAUUUGGACAAGUUAUAUCAUCUGAUUUAUCACAAGUUGAUAAAUAUUCUACACAAAUUUUAGUCUCUGCUGAUACAGGUAAUUUUGCAAGUGCUGUUUCAGCUUUAUUACUAAAUUUUGGAUGGAGACAAUUUGCCUUUUUUUAUUCUUAUACAACUGCAAAUCCAUUAUCUGGUUGUGCUUAUAUUCAAUCUGAUAUGGAUUUAGCUGUUUAUGCAUUACCUGAAUUAUCAAUGAUAUAUAAAAGAGGUAUAUCAUUAUAUAAUGAUGAUGAACUUGCUACAGCUAUACUAAGAAUGAAUGUAACAGCAAGAAUAAUUGUAUCAUGUUUUGAUGAUAUUGAUACACAAAUAAGAUUUUUAAAUUUAGUUAAUCAAUUAAUAGUUAAUAUGAAUGAGUAUGUAUUUAUUUUUAUUCAAACAUGGAAAAAAGGUUUUGGUAAUCCACUAUUAUGGGAUGUUCCAGAAAAUAAAACUGUUGCUAAUAAUGUUAAACAAGCUUGUAAACAUGUUAUAAUAUUUGAUCUUCAACCAUAUAAUGAUUCUUUAACAUCUUUUUUAGAUGAUGUUAAAAUUGCCAUACAACAGGAACCAUUUAAUUGUAAAAAUUGUACUAAUUUAACUAUGUCAGAGUUUGCAGCAUCUUUAGCUGAUGGUAUACAGGCAUACUUUAGAGGUAUAGUAAAAUCAAUUGAAUCUGGUACACCAAAUGCUACAAAUGAUGGAAAUAAAUUUUUACAAAAUGCAGAAACAACAUUUCAAGGUUUUACUGGAAAAGUAUCAUUAAAUCAAAAUGGUAGUAGAGAUCCAACAUUUUAUGUAUAUACAUUAGGUGAUAAUUAUAAUGUUAAUUUAAUUGCUAUGAUAUCAAUAACUUAUAAUCAAACAUCAUAUACAUCUGUUAUUAGUGAUGAUAAAAAAAUAUUUCAAAAUUGGGGUGGUGUAAGACCAUUAGCAAUACCAAAAUGUAAUUUUGAUGGUAGUGAUUGUCAACCAAGUUUUUUUAGUCAAAAUUUAUCAUGGAUAAUUGUUUUAAUUGUAAUUGGUAUAUUAAUUAUUUUAUCAGUAAUAUUUACAAUUAUAUAUGUUUUUUAUCAAAGAAAAUUAGAAAGAGAGAGACAAAAUUUAUUGUGGCAAAUAAAAUUUAUAGAAUUAACAAAACCUGGAGAAAAAGAUAAUUUAACAAAAAGUACAAGAAGUUUUCAAUCUGGUGUUAGUAGUACAUCAACAAAAAUAACUAUUGAUUCAAAAGUUGAUACAGAUUCUCAUGGUUUUUAUAUAUGGAAUAAUGAAAAUGUUGUUGGAAGAAAAAGUAAUAUAAGAAUAAAACUUGGUGAUAAAGAAUGUAAAGAAAUGAGAUUUUUAAGAUCAUUAGAUCAUGAUAAUUUAUGUAAACUUCUUGGUAUGUCAAUUGAUAGUAUAAGUUUUAUUGUUAUUUGGAGAUAUUGUUCCAGAGGAAGUUUAUAUGAUGUCAUUGAACAACAAAAUACUCAAAUGGAUGAUUUCUUUUGUUAUUGUUUAAUAAAAGAUAUUGUUAGUGCAUUAGAUUUUAUUCAUGAUAAUUCAAUGUUAGCUUAUCAUGGACAUUUAACAUCAAAAGUUUGCCUAAUUGAUGAAAGAUGGCAAAUUAAGAUAUCUGGAUAUGGACCAAAGUUUUUACAACUUCAUGAAACAAAAAGUCAACAUACAAAUUUAUGGAUGGCUCCAGAAAUUUUAAGAGAUCCUAGUUUAAAUGGUACACCAACAGCUGAUAUUUAUUCAUUUGCUAUUAUAAUGAGUGAAGUUAUCAAUCAAAAAACAGCAUGGAAUUUAGAUGAAAUAGAAGAAAAUGAAGAUGAUAUAAUAUAUAAAGUAAAAAGGGGGGGUUUAAAUUUAUUUAGACCUAAACUAGUUCCUGAUGAUAGACUUCAAGUUAAUUCAUCAAUACUUCAUUUAAUAAGAGAUUGUUGGAGUGAAAAUCCUAGUGAAAGACCAAAAACAAGUACUAUAAAAAGUUUACUUAAAUCUAUACAUUCAAGUAAAGGUGAAAAUUUAAUGGAUCAUAUGUUUGGAAUUAUGGAACAGUAUGCAUCUAAUCUAGAACAAGAAGUUGAAGAAAGAAUGAAAGAAUUAAUUGAAGAAAAAAAGAAAGCUGAUAUAUUAUUAUAUAGAAUGCUUCCAAAAACUGUUGCUGAUAAAUUAAAGUUAGGACAAACUGUUCAACCAGAAUCAUUUGAAUCAGUAACAAUUUUUUUUUCUGAUGUUGUUUCAUUUACUACACUUUGUUCUAAAUCUACACCACUUCAAGUUGUUACAUUAUUAAAUGAGCUAUAUACAACAUUUGAUGCUAUUAUUGAUGAAAAUGGUGUAUUUAAAGUUGAAACAAUUGGUGAUGGUUAUCUUUGUGUUAGUGGUUUACCAGUAAGAAAUGGUAAUGAACAUGCUAAACAUAUAGCUGAUAUGAGUUUUGGAUUUUUAAGAAGUUUAAAAACAUUUAGAGUUCCUCAUAUUAAAGAUGGUAGAAUUAAUAUUAGAAUUGGAAUUCAUACUGGACCAGUUGUAGCUGGUGUUGUUGGUUUAACAAUGCCAAGAUAUUGUUUAUUUGGUGAUUCUGUAAAUAUAGCUAGUAGAAUGGAAAGUAAUAGUAAACCAGGAAGAAUACAAAUAUCAAUUGAAACAAAUAGAUAUUUAACAGAAAUAAUUGGUGGCUAUCAUACUGAACCAAGAGGUGAAGUUAUAGUUAAAGGACAAGGUGUAAUGCAAACAUAUUGGUUAUUAACAGGUGAAGAAACACCUGAAGAUUUAGAAGAAAUGAAAAAAUAA